UUCAGAUUAAAUCCAAUGUGGCCUACGACAAUGAGAGCAAUGUUUUGGCUGUUCUAAGAGUUGGUCCGUGGGCUCACGUGCUGCGACCUAAGUCUUCAGUGAUGCGAGCGGGAUUUUGAUAGUAGCCAAAGAUCAAAGUGGCAGGCAGCUCCCUCUUGCCACCCUCAAACUGUGGCAAUCCCAUUUUAAUGCCGAGUGUUCUUGGCACCAAGCAUCCAUUAUUCCAUAAGGAACAUUGUGGCUGGUGUGGUGCAUGCAUCCAAUUUGUUCAAAAAUUGCUGGCAGAAGACACCAAAUCAUUUUUUCCUGGCAUGCCCAAAUGUAAGAAUUCACCGUUACAGGUAUCUGUUUGGAUGAGACGAGAGGAGCUUCAUUAAUGAAAAGGGAAGAAAAGAAAAGGGAGGCUAAUUUUCUUACACUUUAAUUUGGAGUGUAAGAAAAUAAGGCAUUGAAGGGUCGGAAGGGAGGAUAGGAGAAGGGAGUUAAUUUGGAAUGUGAGGAAAUAAUCCAUUGAAGGGUAGGAGAGGGUAAAAAUUCCCCUUCCCUCCCCUCAUCUUCUUCCCUCACCUUCUUCCCAAACAAGAUAAAAGUUAUCCUUCCAUUACUUACCCUUCCUUCAUCUCCUCCCAAACAGACCACUGCUCCUCUGUCCCCUUCUUACCAUGAGAAUGAAUGCUGCACUUGCCGGCCCCACUCCCUCCCUCCACCUUCCUCAACCUUCCAUCCGAUGACCACCACCCCUUUUUCUGCAGUCAUUGCUACUUUGGUCAUGCAUUGGACAUGGACCUCGGCGGUGUGGUGAGCAUGGAUGGAUUAGUAGGAGGAGUAGGUGCUUCCUCUGAGGCUGGCAGCCUUCUGUCUUGUUCCCUGACCAACUCCAGUAAGAAAACCUGCAAGCCGAAAGGGCUCCUUGGGUGUGAAGGCUUUCAGAAGUUGGGGAGGGUUGCUGAGUCUCCCCAUGAGCAUUGUGAUUGGAGAGCCUCCAAGAUGGCCAGGACUGAGGCAAUGGUGGCAGACGCCCAUUUUCUUCUCCCCGAUGGGGGGCAAAUGCUCAGCUUCUCAUCAACUUCCAAGCAAGAUAGCUUUGUGCUCAAGUGUGAUGGAUCACUGCCUUCAUACUACUCUCCUCCUCCGGCAUCAUCUACUCCAAAACCUUGUCUUUGGAGCGCAGGUUUGUAUUCAGAAAGCCAUGACGUGAAUAUGAAUGGAGCUUUGACAAGAGCAAGAUACCCCUUCACGCCAUCUCAGUGGCUGGAACUAGAACACCAGGCCUUGAUCUACAAAUACAUUGAUGCAAGAGUACCAAUACCUUCAAGUCUACUCGCCCCCAUCAGGAGAAGCCUCAGCUCUUCUGUGUUCCCUCCCUUCUCAGCUGGAUAUUUUGGUUCAAGUGCAUUGGGAUGGGGAUCAGUGUACCUGGGCUAUGCUGGAAAUACUGAUCCAGAGCCUGGUAGAUGUCGACGAACUGAUGGGAAAAAAUGGCGGUGCUCGAGGGAUGCAGUUGUCGACCAGAAGUACUGUGAGCAUCAUAUGGAGCGGGGCCGCCACCGUUCAAGAAAGCAUGUGGAAGACCAAUCUGGCCAUGCCGCGGAAGUGAAGCCUUCUGUUACACCUCCACAAUCAGCUAUAGCAGUCACUGGCGGUGGAACGUCCAGGGAUGCGCCACCACAGAGUGAACUCACCAAGUCCACCGUUGGUGAUUCAUGCCCUGCCCCAUUCAACAUGAUGAUGCUCAGAAAAGAAAACUCAAAUGACGAAGGACAAGAUCCUGUAAGUCUAUCCAUGCUAUCCUCUACUAAACCAAAGUCGGUGACGUCAAUGGCUAUCACAGAACAACACACAGCAGAUUUUCAACUUGUUUCUGCAUGUCCUCGUUUCAAUUCAUCUACUUCUUUCUCUGAUAACAGCAAUCAUUUCCCCACUCUGAAGAUUGAAUCCCUACAACCCCAACCCUAUUCGCUUCAUCACUUCAUUGAUGCUUGGCCCCAAAGCCAAUCUGAUCAUUCAACUGUUACGUGGCCUGAGAUUGAAGACAUGCAAUCUGAAAGAACUCAACUCUCCAUGUCAAUACCCAUGGCUUCCUCAAAAUUCUCAUCCUCCACUUCUCCAAACAAUGAAAAUGUGACAGUCUCACCCCUUAAGCUGUCACGGGAAUAUGAACUUGCAAGUGAGGGCUCACAGGGCAUACUGAAUGAAGUGAACCAAAGAAGAGCAAAUUGGAUACCAAACCACUGGGUGGUCUCAAUGGGCGGACCUCUGGGAGAGGUCCUCACAAACACCACCAGCACACCCAAGGAUCAAAACAAGAACUGCUCAUCAUCAUCACUAAACCUCAUGCCUGAUGGCUGGGAUUCGAGCCCCCAGAUGCAUUCAUCUCCAUCGGAUGUUCUGCAAAAAACCUCAUUUGGUUCUCUUACCAGCAGCACAGGGAGUAGCCCAAGGGCAGAUAACAAAAAAACUAAUGAAAACUCUGGUGGGAGUUUGUGUGAUGAAUUCAUGGCCAAGCCCUUGUAGGUCCUUCCGAUCAUCACCUAACUGUAUGAUCUUUUCUGAAGCUGCAACUGGAAAAAUAUAUGUAAUGUUCACUUAUAUGCAUCACUGAAGACAAUGAGAUUUGAAAACCU